CGGAAGUGCAGCCGGUUGUGGCUCAGAACUGGAGCGGGAGAGGAGUUAGUGCUGGAACGGAGAGCCCUAAGUAACCAUAGUAACACAGCGGCGCCGCUCCUGACACCGGGGCCCCCGGCGGCCACAGAGCCCGGGACACCAGCCGCGGGGCCUCCGAGUGCGGAGCUGUCACCAUGAACAGGAAGAAGGGAGACAAAGGCUUCGAGAGCCCCCGACCAUACAAACUGACGCACCAGGUCGUCUGCAUUAACAACAUCAAUUUUCAGCGGAAGUCUGUGAUUGGUUACGUCGAGCUGACCAUUUUCCCCACCGUCGCCAAUCUGAACAGGAUCAAGCUGAACAGCAAGCAGUGCAGAAUCUUUCGAGUAAAGGUGAACGAUCUGGAAGCAGCGUUCAUAUACAAUGACCCCACGCUGGAAGUGUGUCAUCACGAGUCCAAACAACGCAACCUUAACUACUUCUCCAAUGCAUACGCAGCAGCUGUCAGCGCAGUCGAUCCAGACGCAGGCAAUGGAGAACUCUGCAUCAAAGUCCCCUCAGAGCUGUGGAAACACGUUGAUGAGUUAAAGGUGCUAAAGGUGUACAUUGAGUUCUCCCUGGACCAGCCGAAAGGUGGCCUUCAUUUUGUAGUUCCCAAUGUGGAAGGAAGUAUGGCGGAGAGAGGGGCUCAUGUCUUUUCCUAUGGAUACCAGAAUUCCACCAGGUUCUGGUUUCCUUGUGUCGACUCCUUUUCAGAACUGUGCACCUGGAAGUUGGAGUUUACAGUAGAUGCGUCCAUGGUGGCCGUGUCUAAUGGAGAUCUUGUGGAAACUGUUUACACACACGACAUGAGGAAGAAGAUCUUUCAUUACACGCUCCCUAUCCCAACUGCAUCUCCAAACAUUUCUCUUGCCGUGGGGCCCUUUGAAAUUCUCGUAGACCCUUAUAUGCAUGAGGUGACUCACUUCUGUUUACCACAGCUGCUGCCGCUUCUGAAGCACACAACUUCUUACCUCCAUGAGGUGUUUGAGUUUUACGAGGAGAUUCUUACCUGCCGAUACCCUUAUUCCUGUUUCAAGACUGUGUUUGUAGAUGAAGCCUAUAUCGAGCUCACCACUUAUGCAUCAAUGAGUAUUUUCAGCACAAACUUACUGCACAGCGCAAUGGUCAUUGACCAGACGCCGCUGACCAGAAGAUGUCUUGCUGAGUCGCUAGCUCAGCAGUUCUUUGGGUGCUUUAUUUCAAGAAUGUCCUGGUCUGAUGAAUGGGUGUUGAAAGGCAUCUCUGGUUAUAUUUACGGGCUCUGGAUGAAGAAAACAUUUGGUGUAAAUCAGUAUCGGCACUGGAUCAAAGAAGAACUGGAUAAGAUCGUAGCCUAUGAAUUGAAAACCGGCGGCGUGUUACUCCACCCUAUAUUCUCUGUUGGGAAAGAGAAAGACAAUCCGGCUACUCACCUUCACUUCUCCAUAAAACACCCCCAUACGCUGUCCUGGGAGUAUUACAACAUGUUCCAGUGUAAAGCCCAUCUGGUCAUAAGGCUGAUAGAGAAUCGCAUUAGUAUGGAAUUCAUGCUGCAGGUUUUCAACAAGCUUUUAAGCCUGGCCAGCACAGCCUCAUCUCAGAAGUUCCAGUCCCAUAUGUGGAGUCAGAUGUUGGUUUCAACAUCUGGGUUUUUGAAAUCCAUCUCCAACGUGUCUGGGAAAGACAUCCAGCCGCUAAUAAAGCAAUGGGUAGACCAGAGCGGCGUUGUAAAGUUUUACGGCAGCUUCGCCUUUAACAGAAAACGCAAUGUCCUAGAAUUGGAGAUCAAACAGGAGUGCACAGUUCUGGGCACACAGAAAUAUGUGGGUCCUCUUAAAGUGACGGUGCAAGAGCUUGACGGGUCUUUCAACCACACGUUACAAAUUGAAGAAAACAGCUUGAAGCAUGAUAUUCCCUGCCACUCUAAGAGCAGAAGAAAUAAAAAGAAGAAAAUUCCACUGAUGAAUGGGGAAGAAGUUGACAUGGACCUUUCUGCUAUGGAUGCGGACUCCCCAUUGCUCUGGAUACGGAUUGAUCCGGACAUGUCGUUGCUGAGGAAGGUGGAGUUUGAACAGGCAGAUUUCAUGUGGCAGUAUCAGCUCCGCUACGAGAGAGAUGUGGUUGCCCAAGAAGAGUCCAUUCUAGCUCUGGAAAACUUCCCCACCCCGGCCUCUCGGCUUGCUCUGACAGACAUCCUGGAGCAAGAGCAGUGUUUCUACCGAGUCAGGAUGAUGGCAUGCUUCUGCCUGGCCAAGAUUGCUAACUCAAUGGUGAGUACAUGGACUGGACCCCCAGCGAUGAAGUCCUUAUUCACACGCAUGUUUUGUUGUAAGAGCUGUCCGAACAUUGUGAAAACCAACAACUUCAUGAAUUUCCAGAGCUACUUUCUCCAGAAGACCAUGCCAGUUGCUAUGGCUCUCCUGAGAGACGUCCAUAACUUAUGCCCCAAAGAAGUCCUUUCCUUUAUAUUAGACCUCAUUAAAUACAACGACAACCGGAAAAACAAGUUUCUCUAUCAGUUUUCAGAUAACUACUACCGAGCUGAACUAAUCGAUGCCCUUACCAAUUCAGUCACCCCUGCGGUCAGCGUGAACAACGAAUGUCGCACCCUGGACAAUCUGAACGCGGAUGUGCGCCUUAUUCUGGAGGAGAUUACCCGCUUCCUCAAUAUGGAGAAACUCCUUCCCAGUUACAGGCAUACCAUAACAGUCAGCUGCUUGAGAGUCAUCCGUGUGCUUCAGAAGAACGGUCAUGUCCCAAGCGAUCCUUCUGUCUUCAAGUCAUACGCAGAGAACGGACACUUUGUAGAUGUCAGAGUGGCCGCCUUAGAGGCCGUUGUUGACUACACAAAAGUUGACAGAAGCUCUGAUGAUUUACAGUGGUUGUUAAGAAUGGCCCAGAGUGACCCUAUGCCGUACAUAAGGUAA